AAUCAAUGGCGUUAGGUUCAAGAGCACCUUGGUAAUGAACGCUUUAGUUUAUUUUAUAUAUAGCGUGAAAUAUGUAUAAUCAGCCUACAUUUUUCUUGCCUUUCUUUUUUCUGUGAAAAGGCUCUGCAUUACUAUUUGACCGAUUCUUAUUCCUCCCUCUGAAAGUCCAUUGGAUAUACUGGAUUUUUAACUGUUAAAAAAUUGAUCAGAUAUUCUUGAUAUAUUCAGCUUGUCUCGGAGGAGGAUAUUUAAACAACUUCAAAAUCCUUCUGCAAGAACACUGGCUUUUUAAUUCUGUGUGAGCCCAUUGAAUGUUAUAUACAGUUUUUUGUUUGAAGGUGAAAUUUGAUAUAUAGACAAAGAAAUUUUAGGUGUAGACAUAUCAUUGAGUAUAUAUGGGUAGUAAGUGGAGAAAAGCAAAGAAUGCUUUGGGAUUUCAUCUGUGUACUACAGAGCCUCCCACGGAGGAUGAGAGAGAUAUCAGUAAUACAAAUGUCCAUUCUGGUUAUAAUGGGGGCUCUACACAGUAUUCUUCAGGUCCAGCAACAAGGACGGCAUCUAGGGAUUUGCAUAUAAUUGCACACUCUGCUCCUCUGACUCCCGCAAGGUCUCAUUCGCCUAUGCGUCUUAUAAGGACAGGCAGCAGAUCCUCCAGGAGAACAUGUGCAAUAUGUCUAGAUGCAAUGAAACCGGGCCAUGGUCAUGCCUUAUUUACUGCAGAGUGUUCCCACACUUUCCACUUUCCUUGCAUUGCCUCCAAUGUGAAGCAUGGAAACCGGGUAUGUCCUGUAUGUCGAGCCAAGUGGAAAGAGGUUCCCUUCCAAGGGCCCCCAUCAGAGGCAUUGCGUGGUGGAAUACGAAUAAGCCCUGUAGAUUGGCCACAGCAUGAAAGCUGGACAACAGUUUUACAUCGUUUGCCACCUCCUCGUCCUCCACUUCCUCAGGCUGCAAGGCAUGUUAUAGAGCCUAAUGUUUUCAAUGAUGAUGAGCCUUUAGAGCUUCGGACAAGUGGAGGUAGCAGGCCAGAGGAAGAAGAUAGGAAUGAGCCCAGUGCAAACAUUGGCAUGCCAGUAGGAAGUUCAGAGUUUAUAGAUUCAAGGGGAAUUACAGAUCAAGAACAAAGCAGAGGGCCUGAAGGAAGGGAAGAUGAUAAAAAGUCUGUGCAAUUAGUAACAUUCCCAGAAUUUAGUGCAGUUCCACGAUCAGAAGCAUGUGAGAAGUUUACUGUGCUUGUACAUCUGAAGGCUCCAUCAUCUACUGCAAAACAGCAGCAUAAUGAACAUAAUGAAAGAACUCGGAAUAUAGUAAAUCCAUCUCAGGCUUCUGAUACAUCUAGAGAUCGUGCUCCAAUUGAUCUAGUAACUGUUCUUGAUGUGAGUGGGAGCAUGGCAGGCACAAAACUGGCACUUUUAAAGCGUGCUAUGGGCUUUGUGAUUCAUAAUCUUGGUCCCAUGGAUCGCCUUUCAGUAAUUGCCUUCUCAUCAACUGCUAGGCGCUUAUUUCCUCUACAGCGCAUGUCAGAGGGAGGUCGGCAGCUUGCCUUGCAAGCAGUGAAUGGUCUGGUGUCUACAGGUGGAACCAAUAUUGCUGAAGGAUUGAAAAAGGGAGCUAAGGUGCUUGAAGAUCGGCGUGAGCAGAACCCUGUGUGUAGUAUCAUUCUACUUUCUGAUGGGCAAGACACAUACAAUGUGGGAAACCACAGACAGUCCCCUUUUCUGGCAAAUCCCAGAAGAGUCUUGGAUUUUCAGUCCUUGUUGCCAGGGUCAAUAAGGCAACCUUCACAACAAGGUGAUAUUCGGAUCCCUGUGCACACAUUUGGUUUUGGGACUGAUCAUGAUUCAACAUCCAUGCACUCCAUAUCAGAGACUUCCGGAGGCACCUUCUCCUUCAUUGAGACAGAAAGUGUCAUUCAGGAUGCUUUUGCACAGUGCAUUGGUGGCUUGCUUAGUGUUGUAAUUCAGGACAUGCAAGUCAAUAUUGCAAGUGCAAGUGCAGGGGUUCAAUUGAGCGGCAUACAAGCAGGAAGCUACACGAGUGAUAUAGUAGAAAAUGGUCAACGGGGACUUGUAAAGAUUGGAGACUUGUAUGCAGAGGAAGAAAGGGACUUUUUAGUCCAUGUUAAGUUUCCAGCUUUUAUGAGACCUGAAGAUAGCAGCUGUUCUGAUAAAAUGAAAGUGGUGAAGGUCUCAUGUUCCUACAAGGAUCCUGUUUCCCAGGAAACUAUUCAAACCCCUUUGAGGGAACUAUCAAUUGAACGUCCAGAUUCUGUUAGCAGUGAGCAACGUGUUGUUAGUCUUGAGGUUGACAGGCAACGGAACAGAUUAUGCACUGCUGAAAGCAUAGCAGAGGCUAGAGCACUGGCAGACAGGGGUGAUUUACCAGGUGCUCAGUUUGUAUUGGGGAACAGGAGAACAGCUCUUCAGGAAUCUUCAUCAGCUCAGGCUGGGGACCAACUUUGUGUUUCCCUUGAGGCUGAGUUGAAAGAGAUCCAAGAUAGAAUGGCAAACAGACAAUUGUAUGAAAGCUCAGGCCGUGCAUAUGUUCUCUCUGGAUUAAGCUCUCACUCUUGGCAGAGAGCUACCACAAGGGGAGAUUCUACUGACAGUGUAAGUUUGGUUUAUGGCUAUCAAACUCCCACAAUGGUGGACAUGCUAAUGCGCUCGCAGACCCUUUGUCCUGUGCCACAAGAUGUCACCUCACGGCCCCUUAUGCCAUCAAGGUCAUUUCCAUUGCCUGAAGCAAGAUCUUAUUCUGCCACCGAUCCUGAAAACCCUAUGGUCAUGCCCCUGCCUCCUGCAGCAUGGAGGGAACCAUCUGAAAGAGCUUGAGAAACUCACUCAAAAUAAGAGAACACCCGUGAAGCAUGCCCUUGGAAAAGCUGUUUUUGAGAAUCUAUUAUGAAAAACACUAUUCGGUAAUUAUUAGUUUCUAUGCUGCUGUAGAAAUCUACAUUCUUUUGUUGUACAAACAGGCCCCAAACUGUACAAUGGAGAAGUAUAGUUUCUCAUAAAUGCUCAUUCUUUAAUCCUAAUGAAAAUAAGGCCUGUCUGAGGCCAGUGUAUGUGGUUGAAGUUUGUUUAUGUCUUGUACAAUGCAGUGAAAAGUAUGAACAAAAAUUCCAUCGAUUAUUGCAAGUA